AUCAUGUGCUGUUAAUGAUUUUACUUGAUGCAUUGUAGAGAAGGAGAAAGCUAACAAACAUGAAGUGUGCUCAUUUCAUUCUUCUCUUGUUCCUUGAGAUGACGCAGGGACUCUCCUGGACGCAGCAAUAUGGAGACCCUAGCUCUACAAGCUUUGUGCACGGACUUCGAGUUUCAACGCCUUCAAAAACCACUUGGAAUUAUUCUGUUCCAAAUGACUAUGAUUAUUACAAAGUGUCGUUUUUCUACAAUUCGCCUGCUUUCUCGCCAGCUGGUGUGGUAUUUCUGCCUCUUGCUUACAGCAGGCCUUACCCUGAUCUGUUAUUCCUGCAAAUAAGAGCUGUAUCACACAACGGGACUGAGCUAUGGGUCUCUGAAGAUAUCCACAAUCAUAAAACUGAUUGUGCCGGUGUGCUUAUGACCAAUGUGUUGUACAGUGAAGAGCAUCACAUGGUGAUUGCUGGAUGGGACUGUGCUGAUUCUUUCCCUUACUAUGCAAAAGAAGGCAACCUUGUUGGUUUGAAUGCAAGCAAUGGGUCGCUCUUGUGGAGGUCUGAGAAUCUUAAGCUCAAUGAUGCUGCUACCAUUUCAAUGAGUAAGGAUGUUGUCUUUGUGUCUGGUGGCUUUAGCUGCUACCUUGAUGGUCAGAUACUUGUUAAGGAGCAAAACAACAAGAGUUUGAUAGUUGGGAUUGAUAUAGUAACAGGUAAAUUCAUUUGGAGCGAGGUUCAAAAUCAUGCCGGCUGCCGUACUGCUCAAACAAAAGCCAGUUCUUCUUUAGAGGACGGUAGCUCAAGGUUUAUGAUACCUGUCAAUCUACCUGGAGGACCUUACCUUGUUGGAGAUCUACUCUCCAUCAGCUGUCAUUCCAAUAACUGCAGUCAUGCCUGGCUGAAGCACCUAAGGAUUUCAUAUGAUGCUAGGUUUGCAUUCACAGUAGAUGGGAAAGUGAUGUUUGGUAGCUACGGUCUAGCUGGUAAUCCUGAUCAAGUAUUUGGACUAAGUGUUGAAACUGGGAGCAUAAUCUUCAGCAGAAGAGGAGCAUGUCCUCCUGGUGUCUUUCCAAGUGGCCCAGCAGUCGAUGGACAGUCUAAUGCUUAUUACAGUUGUGGUAACAAAGCCUUUGGAGUCAAUUCAAAAGGUGACAUUAUCUGGGAGAGUAAGACUUUUAAUGACACUGGGUAUACUUUCGACUCACUCUUAAAGUUUUCACCAGCACUCCAUCUUGAUAAGGAAUUUCUGAUAUUUGUCAAUACACACAGUACAGAGCUCUAUGUUCUAUCCCUGAGUGAUGGCUCAGUCCAGGGUCAUUCUUCAAUAAGAGAAUACAGUGGUUUUAGUGGUUGCAUUGAGCCUCCAUUGCUUGUAGGAGACUCAGUUUAUAUCAUCAAAGCGGACAGUAACAGUAUUACUUAUCUUUAUAGCAUACCUCUGAAAAAUAUUUUAUUUUCUAAAAAUUAAAUGUUGAUGCUGCUGAAA